AUUACAAUUCAUAAUGUCAAUGGUCUUCAGCAAUAGGUCUAGCCUCAAUUCUAGUAAGAACCGUGAGCUAAAUCUGUCCAGAAGAAAAAAAGACCUCCAGUCAAGAUAUUACCCUCAUAAUAAUCAGAAAUAAAGUAAAAGCUAAGGAAAUAGCAGGGUAUAUUGAAAGCUUGAAAAAAGCAUCUAGUAAGAACAACAAUAUUUCAGGACUCAAAGGUAAGCAAAGAGACCUGAGUCAGCAGCGACCUUCUUUGAGAAAUAAAAGAGAUCUGCUUGUUAGAAAAAGCCGUCAAAAAAUUGCAAGGAGAGCUGAUAAAAUAGUAACAAAUACUCGAAGGAUUAGCAACUCUAAUCAUCCGAAAUUCCUUCAGAUGGGUGACUCUCCUGAGUAUUCUGCUAAUAGAUUUAAAGUUGGUAAAAUUCUGAAUGGAAGCAGUAGCUUUAUUAAGAACCCAAAUUAUCAAGAUCAGACUAAGCUUAUGGAUAGUAGUAUGCGCAUGAUGCGGAUGAGACAGAGCGAGAGUACCAAGCCUGCCAGAAACAUGAGGAUUACAGAUAAACCUUCUAGUAAGGUCAGAAACAGUAAGAUGAGAGCCAACUCGAAUCCAAGGCUUGGAAAUAGAGACAUGCAUAGCAACUCCUCUGCUAGUUUUAAGGGCAGAAAAGGCCAACUAAUGUCUUCAUCGAAGUUGGGUAAAAUUAUUAAUGAUCAGACUAACAACAUCCUCGAGCAAAAAGUAAGAAUUCUCAAUCCUGGAAAUAUUAGCAAGAAAAUGAGAUAUUCUCAGUUGCAAUAUAAUGACUCUAGAGAAGUCUUGAAUAACUCUGGAGAAUGGAGUAAUAAAAUUAAGGUAAAUACAGAGAUGUUCGGAAAAAUCCCUCCAGGUCUGAUGUCCACUGAAGUAGGCAAGAGAAAAGAGCGGGGUGCUGAAGAUUUCUCAAGAGGAAAGAAAGAAGCUACUUCUCACUCUUUGCUAGGGAAUAUACACCCUAAUGAGCAUAGAUUAAAGAAGCAAUUGUUGAAGGACAACUCUACUGUACCAAUAAAAUACGACACUACCGCUGUUAUCUCUGAAGAAUAUUCUAACUUUGACGACCCCUUCACCCAAAUGUAUACAAACAGCAUUCUUUCCGGAAAUAAGGCUGAGAAGAACAUCGAAGAAAUGCACUAUCUCCAAAUAAACCUCUGAAAAAUGACUAGAAAAAUGCUUGAAAAGACCGAAAAGGCAGAGUCUGAGGCCCACCCUAACCCCAGGAAACCUCAGGCUGACACUAGUAACCUUCUUGAGCUAUGAAGUGAGACUUCUAUAGAGUAAUGUUCAGGUGUUCCUGAAGACGCACAUAAAUUUUCAAUAUGAUUAUGUUU